AUGUGUAUCACUUUGUAUUUUGACGUAAAUACAUCAUUAAGACAAGCCACUUCUGAGGAAAACAACAAUUACACAGACGUAAAUAUUGACUUCUAGAGGUCCAUUAACUCUCCACUUCUUGUCCCAUUCCCAGCUUAAUGUCUACUUACACUAAUCCCAUUCCAGUUAAUAAGGUGUCAAGGGUGUUCUGGACAGCCCCAAGGAAAGCCUAGCUUGCACCACUGCAGAAGCACUUCAACAGUGUCAAGGGUGCUCCACAGCACAAAACUUAAACCAAAUCCUCUCUUGUUUUUAAAGUCAUUUACGAUAUGUUCCCAGCCCCUGACACUUUGUCAACACCGGGAUCAUCUAUUUUUAUCAGUUGCUUGGAUGUUUGAUUUAUUUUGUUCAGUGUAUUUAAAUUUUGAUAAAAUUUGAACUUAUGUACUUACCUCUGGUGUAAAACAUGAAUGUGAUUUGUUUGGAUAGAAAGAAGGCACGGAUGCUGAAGCCCAUAUCAUCAGUGGGGCCAGACUUGGACCAUCUGGAGGCUGAACGAAACAUUCCCUCUGACCCUCUAGACAACAGAAAGAGACGUACCAUCCUCCUAAAGAAGGAAAAUGACUCCUGGGGAUUCACUAUACAGACAUAUGGAUUUAAAAACAAGAAGACAGGAGAGAUAGAGGUUUAUACCUAUGUGGACUAUGUUGCAUUAAAUGGACCAGCACAGAUAGCAGGCAUGAGAAGAGGGGACAUAAUUUUGUCUGUCAAUGGAAAGAGUGUAGAAUUUGCAACACACCAGGAAUUAGUAUCUGUAAUACAGUCAAGUGGAAACCAGGCAAGAAUGGUGGUGUUGUUUGUGGAUUGUUGUAAAAAGGUUGAACUCCAUGACAGACUAAUAAAGCUAAAGAGGUUACUCAGCAUGAAGAUAAAUGAACUCAGGGAGGUAGAGAAGAAAGAGAGAGAACUCAUGGAUGAGUUUUGCUUUACACGAGGCCUUGACAGAUUUGACAAUUACCGACAAAGUGUUCUGAGCAUCCAGUCUCGAGAUUCCAGUUUGGACAGGUACAGCAUUAUAACAUCUAAUGGCAAUCUGUACGACAUUCCAAACACAGCCACCCUCCAUCUCGAUACGUCUAAUUCUAACACGUGCAGCGACGACAUGAGUGAUUCCACUGAUGACACGGAAUGUUAUCCUGAUGUGAAUUACGCGGAUGAUUCUGACGGGGACUCAGGGAUUUCUUACGAGGAUUUUCCUCGCUCCGAGAGGCGAAACACCAUCAUUGACUGUAAUAAAUUCAGUGAUUUUGUCAGAGAGAGACGCGGAACAUUAGUGGGUCCAAUGUGUGAGUGUGUAGGGGACAGUAUCUGUCAAUUUUGCGAAUUAAGACAACGUUCAGAAUCACUAGAUGCCCCCUCAUCUGAGUGCUCAGAAGAUUCUACUCCAGUGCUGGACCAAUCAGAGGAGGAUCCAGAAAAGUUUGACCAAUCAGAAGACACCACAACUGUCCUGGAUCAGUUGGAAGAAUUCACCCCAGAAUAUGACCAAUCAGCAGCACUUGACCAAUCAAAAAAUACAGCAUCAGAAUUGAACCAAUCAGAGGAUUCAACACUAGUGCUAGACCAAUCAGAAGAGACAGUAAAAUGUGAAGAUUCAAAUAACAGUCUAACUGACAAUGCUAUUUCUGAGUCCAAUCCAGAUCAGAUCCCUAAAUUUACAAAGAAAGAUUCCUUAACAUCCAAUGAAAGUGCAGAUUCAGUAGAUGAAGAUGACAGUUCAUUAACUCAGUCUUACAUUGACAGUAGUUUGCCUGCUGGUCAGGUAGAAUCUAAUGAGGAAUCACCCGAGACAGAGGAAGCCACAGCCACUGAUGAUGACUGGGAUUUCCCCUUCUGGACCGAAGGUUCCGUUUGUAUCAAUCUAGAUGAUGAGCAAACCAAACUCUGAUACAUGUGUUUGUCAUUGUGAUGGAUUAGAAUUUUAUUCUCAUUUUAUGCUUUGAUUUAUUGCCAAAUUAACAUACAUGCCUGACAUUGGAACACAUGUUUAGGACUCUUUAAUAAAUUUGUCAAAUGGACAAUCACUUUACGUAUCCCAAACCUUUUUUGAAAACAUUUUAUGAAUUGAAAACAUGAAAUUGCAAUCCCAUUCACUACCGUGUUCUGUAAAUGUGAAGAGUUUAUUUGAUGUGUAGAAGGUACAGGUAUUUACUUUAACUAUGAACUUGUGCAUUUUGCUUUAAUUUAUUUAUACAUGUAUUUCAAUAUGAUUUAAUAUUUCUUUAAAUGUGAUUUGAAUAUUUAAAAAUUGAAUAUAGCUUAUUAUAAAUUGUUAAAUGUGUUGAAAUAUUUAAGAGUAUUUUUCAUGAAAUUUUUGUUAAGAUAUUUCUUUAUAGUGCUGGUCACUAUUGAAGAAAAAUUAGUGCAUUUGAGAUUUUUUCCUCUUGGUUAAAAAGGUGCCAAAUUCUUGACUUUGUUUUUUUUU